AUGAACAGCCCGCCCUCCAUCUCCCACUUAGAGGCUCUGCCCGCAGAGCUCUUCAACCGCGUUCUGAGCUACGUGUUAAAUCCUUACGAUUGCGAGAUCGAAGAGUCCAACACCACAUUCGGCGGUUACCACUUCGAGACUUCUCUUCUGCGAAUCAGUAAGAAUAUCCAUCAGCUUGCAAAAAGCUAUGUGCAUCACGCACUGUCUUGGGUACGGUUCGACAUCAACUGGGGCGCUCUCGCAAUUCAGCCCCACUGGCUUGGUGUAAAAUACAUCAAUAUUCGCCAUGUCAAAGCCGCCAAAACACUUCCGGACGGAUACCUGAACCUGAGUCUGAGGCCCGUACCUCAGGAAGCUCCAGCUGGGCGUUUGCACGUCAAGAUAGAGCUACCAAGUGCUAGCAACGAUGCCCAGGAGAAGAUAACACGCAUGGUUAAGAGCAAUGCAAACACCUCAAUGUCACUGCUAGUACUUGCGAAAGACUUAGCUGGCUUCAUGAAGGCACUUCGCAUCAACGACCUCAUUUAUUGCCACCGCAACUUCCCGGGAACUCCAAUUCCCGAUGGUAUACGUGCGCGUCGCGGUGUUCAUGGCAUGAAAUCUGAAAUCGUCGUUGCGCGCGGCCAACAGCUACAGCGCUAUCAACAUCCCAUCUUGGAGUUAUAA